AUGCCGCCGUCUACAGUCUUCUCCUACUGGCGCAGGGAUCAUCGGCGUUCGACCGCGCCCGUGCCGCCACCAGUGGGAUCCAAAAGUGCGACGGCCAGCCCGAUCAGCCCUCCGCAACUUGCUAAUAGCUAUGAGACCUCUGUCUCCAAGGAGCUGCCUGGCGACUCGCACGGCUCGGUUACAGAUGGGUCGAUCCACCACGGUCACCCUCCCGAAAGACUCACAUCCAAGUCCACGACUCUUCAAGAUUCAGUCGCGGCCUACUCAUCUUCCACGCCUAGCCUGGCUCGCCACACCCCUCCUUCGACCGACAGUGAAAGGACACCUGGGGAAGCGGAGCUCGUCCAGUCAAUUCCAAAGUCGCAAUCACAGACUACUUUGCCACUGCCAGUUCCUGAUGCACGUCUCGAGCAUGGUGAACCCGAGUCCAACUCCAAACCCAACUCGCCCUUUCGCAUGUCUCUUGCUAAAGGGCUACGGAAUUUGCAAGUCUCACCCGCCGAGAUGCAUCGACGGUCGCCGAGCGCUGGACAAUCUCCGUUCCGCCGCAGGAUGUCACCCGAGGAACCGUCAAUAGAGAGGUCGAUGGGAACUCACCAGAAAGACGCAAGGAUGGAGCCUACACCUGCGACAGCAACGAUCCGGCGGGGUGGUAACAAUGGUGGUGUUGGUGGUGGUGGCGGGGGAACUGAUCGAGAGGGAUCAAUGGAACAAUCUAAUCACAAGUCCGGCAAAGCGAUGCUUCACCUAUUGAACCCCAUGGCGCUCCUGGCACGCCGACGGUCUGCCCAAUUGAGUAGUUCUCGCGUGGACGAUACGAAAAUCAGUACGCCAGACUCGAUACCGGCUAUACCAGACGACUACGAUCCGCGAAUCCGCGGGAAAAUCGUUCACGAUUUUUCGGCUCCGCGCCCUCGUCGCAAUGUUUCCUGGAGCUCCGCGCUGGUAGCUGAUGGAGGUCAUGGCUCCCGCAGCUCAGAGGACCGGCGCUGGAACGACCAGGUCCCGAGCACCAACCAUGAUCAUUCGCCUGCUUUCAAAGAACACUUUGAAGACGAGACAGCUGUGCCUCAAGUCGAGAACACGGGAUACCUUCACUCGACUUUGAUGACCAAUGCCUCACAAACAAGUGACGGUGACAUGUCGUUACCAGUCUUUGCGCGUAAGCUACCCUCUGAAGUACCCGAACAUGAGCCCGAGCCCAAGCCCGAACCCGAAUCCGAACCCGAAAAGCAAGAACUGUCUCCUUCGACAAGUAUAGUCGAGGAUAAAAUAGAUAUCAGGCAUACGAAAAAGUCUGUGAGAGUGGCUCCGCAGAACAUCAUCGCCCAACAACCAGAUCAUGAUGCAAUCCCGCUUGUUCCACAAGCCAACUUCGGCCUGCCGCGUCAUUUAAAAAGCAAUGCUUCUCGAUUCAGCUUUGACAUGGGGGGUGUUGAGUCCUCCACUCAAGAGCGUUUACUCGAGGAGAAACACAAGGAAAAAGAAGCGCGGCGAAAGAUCGAAGGUGGCUAUUUCGAUGAUUUCGAUGACGAUUUCGAUAACGAUAUGCUGGAUGACUUUGAGGGGCUAGAAGAAAAGAUACCGGGCGUCAAUGCUGACGCUGAUGAUGAGGACUACCUCGAUCCCUCAAUGAUCAAAUCAUGGGCUGUUCCGGGACUCUCCCCUGUGAUUGCGAGUCCAAUCGUGCCAGCUCCGCCUACACUCCAUGAGAGCCAAAUGGAGGAUACCUUUGACGAGUUGGAUGGCGUCUCCCCAGAAAUUGAGGAGUCCGGGGCUGCUCAGCAUGAUAUGGCUGUAAGCAACGGACUACAGGCUACCCAACCACCAAUUGCGCCUCUGGGUGUUGAGACCGCCAAACAUGACGCGCAGGACCUCCCUGCUACGUACAGCCACCAUCUCGACUCAAUUGACGGCGACGAAGACGACGAUCUAUACUUCGAUGAUGGAGAGUUCGGGGAUUUGAGUCUGGGAGAGCAAGAACAUGGCUUCGAUGAGUCUGUUUUUGAUGAUGAAACUAGCCAUCUCUAUGCGAGAAAGCCGGUUAUGCCACCAAUUGAGCCACAGCAACGAGAUGCGGCCAGUACAGCAAUUGAUCACGAAAAUCUUGAGGAUCAACUUCUUCAUGAAGAGAGCACGAGCGAGGGUCUGAAACAUAUGAACAGCGUGGCUGGCGCAGCUGAUUCUAUCAAGCGAGGUCCAUUGGGUGAGCCCAUUCCCAAUAUGGGCCCUCUCCGCACUCACGGGGGCGUACUCACCGAGCAAAAUUUGGAAGUGCUUCACAAUGCCCUGGCAUUUGCCGCAAGCGAGGCGGCGUCUCGGGGGCGAUAUGAACACGCUUCUAGUACGAGCGAGCGUUCGGCGGCACAAGAAAGCAUUUCACAGGCAUCGCACACGGCCGAAUCUCAGCCGGGACUUGUGUCGGAUGAUAGCCGUCUUAGUCAAGGCGCAGACAUGGCCAGCUUUGAUGACUUCCUGGACGAUAGAAUCUACGACGAUUACGACGACGACUACUACGACGACCCAAUCGUGGCGGCUGCCAACGCCGAAGCUCUUGAAAAUGACGACGAGGGCUUUUACGGGCAGGAAUUCGGUUUCUACGCCCAAGCGCAUGGCGCCGAUGGUGGCGAGAUGACCAAUGGCGGAUACUUUGGGCCCCGUGGCGUCGAAGGUCUUACGCGCCGUCACAGCAGUCGCGGUAAAUUCGAGGAGCCCAGUCUGACUCCCAUUACCGAGCGCAGUGAAUGGAGCACGCGCAAUUCGAUCAUUUCAGUGAAGGCGCACGGCGCGGCCCAUUCCAAUCCUUCCAUGCCCAGUCCCGGCCUGGCCCAGUUAGUGGAUCUCAAUUCUCUGGACGAUGACAUGUCGCUCAGCGCCCUGAUGAAGCUUCGUCGCGGUGCUUGGGGUGGCAGCAACGGCAGUCUCCGCAGCGGUGCUGCUAGUCCUCAGCCACAUACAUUACCUUCCUCUGCACGUGGUAGCUUCAAUGGUACGACUGAGGCUAGUCCCUCUGAGAUUCGAUCUUUUGCAGACGAAAGUCCAGCCGUAGCUGGACCGAGUCGUGAUGAGAACCACGAGACAGACAGUCGGCACUCCUCGUAA